CGAAGUCAAACGCGACAGGUGCUCGGUUAACUGCUUGGGACCCCGGUCUUCAACAGUGCCUGACAAUUCGCGAUCACCUUCUUUUAAUUUGCAUACACUUUUGCUUUUUAUUUUAAGCAAGCUACUCCUUGAACGCGUUUACUGAUAUUGCUGGCAAUAAUUUACCUAUAAAUACCUUGAAAUCACAUACAUAGUUUGUAUUAUUGAUUUUAUUGUGAAAACGAAACCGUUCAAUGCUUAGACGUGAUAGUUUUCUCAAUUGAGUUAUUGUUUAUUUUUUAUUUUUAUUGUGAAUUGAUUGAAUAAAAAAGUGUGAAAAUGAGGCUUGUCAUGAACAAGAAGGUUAUAAUAUGGCUGGUGAUUGCAGCUCUCCUAGUCACUGGUUUGACGCUGGGCCUCGUAUUUGGACUGAGAUCGCGGGACACGCGCUAUUUAACUGGCGCCGUUGUUUCCAACGGCAUUGGAUGUGCCGAGGUUGGCGGUAACAUGUUGCAGGAUGGUGGCUCUGCAGUCGAUGCUGCCAUUGCCACACUACUCUGUGAGGGCAUCAUGUUGCCACAAUCGAUGGGCAUCGGUGGUGGCUUUGUGGCAACCAUUUAUACGCGUCGCACUGGCAAAGUGGAAACCGUCAUUGCACGUGAAUCGGCACCGGCAGCGGCUCACAAGGAGAUGUUCGUUGGCCAAAAGGAGGUAACGGGUGCCAUGUCCGGUGCUGUGCCCGGCGAGAUCCUUGGCUACUGGGAAAUGCAUCAGAAAUACGGUCGUCUGCCAUGGAAGAAUCUAUUCCAGCCAUCCAUUAAAUUGGCCCGCGACGGUCAUGUUGUCUCACGUUAUCUGGCCGCCGCCAUCAAGUCCAAGUUGAAGCAAAUUCAAAAAGAUCCAGCUCUAUCCAAAAUGUUUCUCGAUGACCAAGGUAAGCCCUAUGUGGAGCAUGAUUACAUAAAACGCACCUCAUUGGCCGAUACGCUGGAACGAAUUGCCAACAAUGGUGCUGGCGAGUUCUAUGGAGGACAUACGGGCAUCAAGUUUGUUGAGGACAUUAAACGUUUGGGUGGCAUCAUAACUCUGGAUGAUCUAAAGAACUUCAAAGUACGCUGGGAUAGCGAUAAUCAUAUAUCGGCAAAGGUGAGCGGUGGACUUACACUAUAUACAACUCCUCUACCAUCAAGCGGACCGAUCCUCGCAUUCAUGCUGAAUGUGAUGAGCGAUCUUGAUACGGAUGAUGAAGAAAUUUUCUGGCACCGAGUUGUGGAGACAUUUAAGCAUGCAUAUGGACAGCGCUCCAAUUUGGGUGACUAUGAAAACGAUCCGGUGUAUGGUCCGAGCAUAAAGAAGACGCUGGAUAAAAUGCUUGGCCCUGAGCUGGUAAAGCACGUGAGGGAGCUAAUUAAGGAUACAUCGACAUCGCAGGAUUAUUUGCAUUAUGGUGCCAAUUUCACUGUUGAACCGGAUCACGGUACCGCCCAUAUGAAUGUCCUGGCACCCAAUGGUGAUGCUAUAGCCGUUACAAGUACCGUUAACACCUAUUUUGGUGCCAAGGUGGCGUCUCCGCAAACGGGAAUCAUUUUGAAUGACGAAAUGGAUGAUUUCUCCACACCGGGUGUUAUCAACAGUUUUGGGGUACCCUCAUCGCCCGCAAACUACAUUCAUCCCCACAAACGGCCCAUGUCUUCUAUGAAUCCAUCCAUAGUAAUCGAUAAGAAUGGCGAUGUGCGCUUAUUAGUAGGUGCUGCUGGCGGCACCAGGAUCACAACGAGUGUAGCAGCGGUUAUAUUGAAGUAUCUCAUUCGUGACGAUAGUAUAAGAAAUGCCGUCAAUGAUGGACGUCUUCAUCAUCAACUGAUACCCAUGCGGGUUGAUUAUGAGUCUGUUGCAAGCAAAAACGUGGUCGAUUAUCUCAAAAAAGUGGGUCAUACGACGGUUGAAAAUCUCGGUGACGGAGGAUUUGCGGCAGUUACUGCAAUCGGUGCACUGGACGAGCCGGAGCCAAUCUUUGAUCGUCGUCGUGUUGGCAGCGUCUACACCGUACAUUUGGGAAAUAAAAUGAAACAUUAGAUUUCAUUUAGCGCUGUGCGCCGUAUUGGCUUUAAAUGUGCAUCAGAUGAUUGCUCGAUUGGCGACUUGCCAUUUUAUUUAUUGAACUUUUAUUAGAUAUAUAAAUAUGUAUUGUAAGUAAAUGUAACUCUGUUAUUGAGCUGGAUCUGUACAUAUGUACAUAUAUUUGUUAACUGUAAAAUUGUAAUGUAUUAAACGUAAUGUACAUAUGUAAAUAAAUAGAAAUACUGCUCGAAUA